UCAGAGCGUAGAGUUGGGUAUUUUAUCAUUUGUGCCCGUCCAGUUCACGUUUUAUAUUUGAUAUUAAGAAUUAGAAACGGCAGAAUACGAUAUUUUCGCGUUGUCAAUGCAGAUAAAUACUUGUUAUGUUUCAAAAUCAAUUUAACCAUUUAUAUCUCUCUCCGCCUCGACAAAAUGCGUCUGUGCCUAAAGGAAUCAGGAUGGAUACCAUUUAUUUUGGCUUCUUUCACCGGAAGCUCUGUCCGUGAGUCUUGCCUCAACAGAAAUAGAUCUCCGUUUGUUCUUGAAAGUAUGACAGCCAAUUAGUAUGGUGAAAUGGUUUAGUAGUUUUAUACAUUUUAGUGAAGUUUUCGAAUCUCCGCCUUCUACCAAUAUAUGCCAUUAUCUACCAAAAUGUGCCUGGGACAAAAAGUUUAUAGUUGUGAACUAAGUUUCGUGAUAGAAAGAAAUGGAUAAAAGUCAUUUAUUAUCAACAGUUCAUUUGUUAUUUGUCCUGUUUGUAUGAAAAAAUUAAUGGUUCGGUACAUCUAUUUACAGAAUAUAAACAUAUUUCAGAAAUAUUUUUCUGUUUUUUAAAAAAAUGCCCCUCGGACUUAUGUGUUACAUAAACAAUAAUGCUUGUUUCUUGAAUGCUUUUCAACAUGGCCCAUCACAACGAUAAAUACCAAAAGACUUUCUUCUCUGAUUUUACAAAACAAAUGACCGACAAUUUAUGUUCUAAGGAUGUUAUUACACCGCAUUCUUUAUGUAGACACAUAAAUUGUCAUAAAAUUAUUCCAUUUAAUAACAAUGCUGACGGGCAACUUAGAAAAGAUCUCCAUAUAAUUAAGAAACUUGGAAGUGGAGGAUUUGGUACCGUUUAUUUAGUUUGUUGGAAAUCGAAAAAAUUUGCCUUAAAAAUUUUGCAUCGCAAACCUGACAAUUUGGUGAUAAAAUGUUUAAAAGCUGAACAACGUUUACUUCAUUUUGAACACCCCAACAUAGUAAGGACUCUAAUGGUCCAUUCUUUUUGGACUGGUCAUGAAAAUGGCUUGAUUCUUAUGGAAUAUGUUGGCGAGAGAAAUUUACGGUGUCUCAUCGAUGACUCUAAAGAAGUUCUCUGUUAUAAUCGUCGUGUGAAAUAUGGUUUACAAGUUUCAAAGGCCAUGGAAUUCAUCCAUUCAAAGCAUGUUGUCCACUUGGAUUUGAAACCCACAAAUAUUAUCAUCACAGAUAAUGAUGUUUGUAAAAUUUGUGAUUUUGGUUGCAGUCAGUGUGUAAAAUGGCCAGUUGUGGAAACGUCUUCAUUGUCUGGUACGGCAACAUACAUCGCCCCAGAACUUUUAAAAGGAAAGCAACCGACCAAGAAAUGUGAUGUUUAUUCCUUUGGAAUCAUAUUAUGGCAAAUGUUAUCAAGAAAAGUGCCUUUUGAGUAUGAGAAUCCGCACGUAAUUAUCUAUAAAGUGGUGACUGACAAUCUACGUCCAAAGGAAAUCGAUUCUCUAAAGACUUCGAAAGAUUUGGCAUAUGUGACUCUCUACAAGCAGUGCUGGGAUAGAAAACCGCAGGACAGACCAACUUUUGAAGGAUUAGUCGAAACCUUUAAUACUUGGGUUAACAAGACCUUUUUUAAAUUAUAAAAUAUUUAGUACUAAUUCAUUAGGUUUUAAUCUUUCUCCUUCCAAUACACAGACACACGAAAUAUGCAAAUACAAGACGGAAUCUUAGAUUAAAAUCUUUAAAAACAAUUUCCAUGUUCUCGGAAAUUAACUGUUUUUAGAACUUGUAUUUAGCCCAGUUAUUCUGUUAUGUCCUUUUAAUGGCUUUUAUUUAUAAUAUUAAAUGAAUAAAUUUUUUUUAAAUACAAUUUUAUUUCCUUUCUACCUGCCUAUUCUCUUUUAGAGAUUAAUUUUAAAAAAUAAUUUGACAUUAAACUAGUUGAAAGCAACUUGAAAUCGAAUUUUCUGUCCUGCUUCUAAUCACUUUCUUUACGACGUUUAUUGACUUCAAAUGAAUUCGACUUGAAAUCUUAAAAGUUUGUUUCAUAUUUUUAGUGAAUUUAGAUAAACGUAAUAAUUUUAUUUUUAACUAUAGAAAUCUACCAACAGAAAAUAAGGAAUAAAAAGAAAGUCUCAACCUCUUGGCGAAUCUUGUCUAAAGUUUCGAUGACCAAGUUACUCCAGAAGCUUAGUUUCAUGUUAUUACUCACGGCGAAAUGCACAAUCAAGACUAUAACUUCAUAAAUUAUUUAAAAACCAUUUGAAAAUUGUUUUUGAUUUUAUCGUUGUCAAAAUCUGAAUCGUAUUAAUAAAUCCAAAGUUUGACUUUUUUUAGGUAGGGUUUCUUCAGCGUAUACUUACAACAGAGAACAACUUGGAAUUCCAGCAAUAAAGAUAUAUUUGGUUAAACUUCUUACACUUUAAGCAAUCUUAUACACUUGUUCUAAUCGAGCAAAUUUAUAGUCGAAAGCGUUUCAGUCGUGACAACCCCACUACUUUUUUUUAAAAUAGUAUAUUUUAAGGUUACAUAAUCCAGCUCUGAAAACCCUAGGAUGUAAUUUGAUAGCGAUUUGGGUGCCAUUUCAAGCAGAUCAGACCUCUACAAAGAGGCAGAUUGAUGGGGAGCUCGUGGCUCUUUCCGUAAUGUCUUUAGUGCUGAUACAAAUUAUUGCCCAAUUAAGGCGGCGAGCUGGCAGAAACGUUAGCGGUAUUUCGUCUGCCGUUACGUUCUGAGUUCAAAUUCCGCCGAGGUCGACUUUGCCUUUCAUCCUUUCGGGGUUGAUAAAUUAAGUACCAGUGAAAUACCGGGAUCGAUCUAAUCGACUGGUUCCUCUUCCCCAAAAUUUCGGGCCCUGUGCCUAGAGUAGAAAAGAUUAUUUGCCCAAUUGGAUCCAAUGAGAAAAGAAAUGGUCGGCUACAUCAUUAAUGAACUUCAACAGAUUAUUUUUCCAAAUUCAAA